AUGUCCGAGCAGCUCUUCAUUGACGUAGAUAGAUUAGUGUUUUUAGCUGUCAUCAAAGUAAACAUUGCUAAACAAACAUUGAAACGAAGUGAUUUGGACGUUCAACAGAAUGAAAUGAUUGGUUACUGCAUGAAAUUCCCCUGUUCAAUAACGUGCUGUUUUCAGCAACAUCUCAGCCGGAGCCAUCACGAGCUCGACUUCAUCGACGCUACCGGUGGAUUUGCAAGGAGCGUCAACACCCCUCCUUCACCGGCUCUGCAGAGGCGUAAAUCGGAAACCGAGCUCAUUGUGCAGAAUCCAAGUGCGUUCAGCCUAGCCGACAAUCAUCGGAAACCUUCUCGACAAGAUUCUGACGACCGUCCUGUGUUGAGACGACGUCGUUACACACGAAAACAACGGAAAUCGGUGACGAUCGAUCCGGAAACAAGUCUGAUCCUCGCCGCCGGUGCUCAUUCGAGCUCAAGUGACGAGGAGCUGCAAGUGAAAAACGUCUCACGAGCGCUUGUUGUUCCAAUCAUUCUAUUCUGCUAUUUUUGUUCCCUACUAUGA